AUGUCUUGGCAAGACCUGAUUGUAAUCCCCUCUCUGGGAACACUAUGCUUGCUCAGUGCGGCGUAUUGGCUGGUAUGGAUUGUCUACUGUCGAACACUUCAUCCCCUGGCUCGUGUGCCUGGUGACCUCGACAUCGCCCACCGAGCUCUCCAUACGCGCUAUGGUCCACUCGUCCGCAUCGCUCCCAAUGAAGUCCUCUCGAGCUCUCCCUCAGCCGUACCCAUCAUCUACCGCACCCAGCGUCCCCUCGCAAAAUCAGACUGGUACACUGCCUUCCGUCCCCAAGGCAUAAGCCCCCAUGCCGACAUCUUCACCGAAACCGACGAGGUGAAGCACUCACGCUUUCGGAAGGUGGUUCAGUCCGCAUACUCAAUGAGUAACGUGCUCAAAAACGAGAGUGUCAUUAACGAGUGUACAAGCCUGUUACUGAAGAGACUGGGAGAAGUAGCUGGAACGGGUCAAGAUGUCGACCUAGGAUACUGGCUAGACCUCUACGCCCACGACGUCAUCGGCUACGUGUUAUUCGGCAGUUCGUUUGGGUUCCUCGAAAGCGGCACGGAUGUAGGUUCCUUUGUCGAAUCCGUAGACGCCGCACAACCCCUCUCAUGUCUCUGCGCUGCAGCACCCAGCUACCUCCGCACUGCCAUCAUGCUUUGUGCAAUGUGCAUACCCGGCACACUCAAAAGCUUCAAAGCCGUUGGUGCCACUGCCAUAAUAGCCAGAGACACAACACAGCGCCGCAUGCAAGACACCGCCGACGAAGCCGCCGAACGUACAGACAUACUCUCCAACCUCCUCUCUCGCACUACCACCCCCGGGGACAAGAAUGUGCCUGAAAAUAAAGCCUGGUUCACACACAACGAAGUCGUGCUCGAAGCCUGGGCGGGCAUCAUGGCAGGCGCAGACUCCGUGGCUGUCAACCUCCGUGCUUUCUUCUACUACCUGAUGAAGAACCCACACUGCAUGUCUCGCGCCAUCGAGGAAAUUCAAAAUGCAAAUAAUCAAGGUCUCCUCAGCACGCCCAUCACGUACCACGAAUCUGCAAAGCAUCUGCCGUAUGUUGGUGCUUGUAUCAAAGAGGCGGCACGCAUUUUCCCUAGUUUCGCCAACAGUCAGGCUCGCGUUUCGCCGGCUGAGGGCCUUACCUUGUCGGGUGUGUAUAUCCCGUCUGGGUACCAUGUCGGUAUGAAUGCGGCAUUUGUGCAACAUGAAACCAGUGUCUUUGGUGAAGAUGCUGGUUCUUUCAAUCCUGAGCGUUGGCUUGAGAGCCAUGAGAAGAGUGUUGCUAUGGAGAAGAGUAUGUUGUUCUUUGGGGCGGGGACGCGGACGUGUUUGGGGAAGAAUGUUGCUUUGACUGAGAUACAUAAGAUCGCACCUGAGAUUCUUAGACAUUUCGAUAUGCAUAUGGCGCAUGAUCGGCCGUGGAAGACGAGGAAUGCUGGGUUCAACAAGCAGAGCGAUGUCAUUGUCAAACUCACAGCAAGGAAGUAA